CAGAGUUAAAGAAAAAAAAAGAGAGAGAGAGCAGAAGAUAGAAGAGAGAGAGAGUCCGAAGAAAAACACUUUUCAACAAAUAAAAAGAACAGGAACAGUUAGCGUUUCUGAACGCGGAUUUAUGUCGGCUGGAUUUGAAUCAAAAGCUGUGAUUUUGUCUCUGAUUAACAACAUCUCUUGUCCGAUCUCAUCAGCAUCUUGUUCUAAAUCUGGUCUUUGUCCUACUUCAAACGCUCUUCACUUCUGCUCUAAGCAGAGGCUUGUUCUCGAGACUCCGUCUCUUUCCAUGCGCUUAAGACGCAAAAGGACUUGUUCUGGCGUUGAAGUGUUUGGGGGUUUUCACAUAAAACAGCAAAAGUUUUCUUUUUUCAUAGUUCGCUGAGAUUUUUAUUUAUUAUUACAAAAACAAAGUUUUGAUCUUUUAAGAGUUUUGAGUGUUUUUUUUUUAUUUAAAUUUUCUGGGUAUUUUUGAGGAUUUGGGGGUUUUUGUGACGUCAGCAACAAUGGUAGAGAUAAGUAAACAACAGUCUUUGGUUGACAUGAAGAAACCAAAGAGAAGCAACUCUUUACUAUCUUCAUCAUCCCAUCCUCAAGAUACCCACCAACAACCUUUGAGAAAAGUUCGGAUCAUUGUCAACGAUCCUUACGCGACUGAUGAUUCCUCUAGCGACGAGGAAGAAGUGGUUAAGCAGCCUCGUCAAGUGAAACGCAUCGUCCGUGAAGUCAACUUCCCACCUCUGGAACCUCCUCGUGUCGAGCCUUCCGUGUCUUCCUCGCAAGACAGUACCAAAACCACCAGCAAGAAGGUAGUAUCAGCAUCAGCAUCAGCAUCACCUGCUCUAAGGCCCAAGAAGCGUGUUGGCGUUAGGCAGAGGAAGUGGGGGAAAUGGGCUGCUGAGAUCAGACAUCCAAUCACCAAAAUUAGGACCUGGUUGGGUACUUUUGACACUGAAGAAGCAGCUUAUCAAGCUUAUAUAGAAAAGAGGAGAGAGUAUGAUGCGCUUGUCGGCAUCACUAAUGAUUCUGUUUCUGAGACUAGUCAAUGCUCUCGCUCUUCUCCUCUUGAGCAAGACACUUCUGCUUCGGCUCUCACUUGCGUCAAGCCUAAUGAAGAAGAAGAGAUCAAGAUCACUGCGACUGAUGUUGUUCCGAGCAAGGAAGUGUUGUUCGAUUUCAACUUUGCCGAUCUGCCGAUCCCUGAUUUUGGUUUCUUCGAGGAACCAAUGGCUGGUGGUGUUAACGAGGAAGACCUAGACUUUGAUUGUUUCUUCACUGAUGAUCAGCUUGAUGACUUUGGUUUGCUUGAUGACAUUAACGGGUUUGGAGACUGUGGUCCGAGUGCGUUACCGGACUUCGACUUUGCAGAUCUUGGGCUCGACUUGGCUGGUUCGAGUUUCCUUGGCGAUCAGAAUGCUCCUCAACACAUCACUUGCACCAGGAAAAGUUUUGCAACUUGAGUUAUAUUUUUGUUUAAUUUUUAAUGUUUUUUUCUAAAAAGUAUUUAAGACAUACACAAAGUGUGUUCCGGAGAGAUGUAAGAGCUUAAGACAUAAGUAGCCGGGUUUUGUAUUAAUGAGUUAUAUUUUAUUAUUUA